AUAAAAAACAAGAUUUGCCGCUUGUUAUUGUUGCUAUUGCCUGAUCUCGCGGUGAUCGAUGACAACGACAACGAGUCAACGGAAAAAUUGGAUUUUGGUUUGGCGCUCGCUCGAUCGCCUCCUUCAGUCUGUCGCCUGUCUACUUGAGCCCGACACCUAAACGCAUAGUUGAACAUACUUAUUAGUGCCCCCCCCCACACACACACACACACACAAUCAUAUACGCGAGUUUGUGUGUGUGCGUGUGUAUCUGUCAGAUAAGUCGACAGUAAUUUUGGCACUACAUGAAAUUUUAAUUAAAAAAUCUGUACAAAAAUAAAAUCAAAUUACUCGAAGGCGAAGGCGCACACCAAACCAAACAUCAAACUGUCUGUCUAUGAGUUGCUGCAGCUGCAACUUUCCACAAGCGAGUGUGUUGCAUAUGUGUGUGUGUCCGUGUGUGUAAAGGUGUUGUGUCUGUCGUUUAAACAAACGUGAAAUUGGAUUAACUCUGACAGUUGCACGGCGGUUUUUAAUUACCAGAUUUUUCCCCACGCCCUGUGGGGACUUGCAAACAAAUAAAUAAGCUAGCAGCACCGAACCCAACGGAAUUCUCCAUGUCGCCAUAACUGAGCAUAAACGGAAUGGAAAAAAUGUUAGGCCACGCCGUUAGUCAAUUGAGGACAAUUUGACGCUGAGGAGAUUCAUUGAAUUCCAAGCACACAGCUUCACCCAUAAAAUCAGUGAACAAAAUCAGAAAGUGAAUUGAAGAAAAGUCUCUUUCUCUCUUUCUCUCCGAGCAACUCUUAAAUCAACAUACACACAUACAAAAUGCGAGAGCAUCAUACGCGAAGACGACGAACUCCAGCCAUGCUGCUCAGCCUGAUCUUCAGCGGCACGCUGCUCUGCCUGGUCAGCGUGCGGGCGGACAGCUCACAGCAUAUGACGGACAAUGGCGGCGGAGUCGGUGGUCACAUGGGCAUGGGCGGCAUGGGCUCGCACUCGAUGGAGGUGAGUCCGGCGCCGGGCUAUGGCGUGCCGGCCAUACCCAAGGAUCCGAACUCACGCUGCGAGGAGAUCACGAUACCCAUGUGCCGUGGCAUUGGCUACAACAUGACCUCGUUUCCCAACGAAAUGAACCACGAGACGCAGGACGAGGCGGGUCUGGAGGUUCACCAGUUCUGGCCGCUGGUCGAAAUCAAGUGCUCGCCCGAUCUCAAGUUCUUCCUGUGCAGCAUGUAUACCCCCAUCUGCCUGGAGGAUUACCACAAGCCCCUGCCCGUCUGCCGCAGCGUCUGCGAACGCGCUCGCUCCGGCUGUGCGCCCAUCAUGCAGCAGUACAGCUUCGAAUGGCCGGAGCGCAUGGCCUGCGAGCAUCUGCCGGUGCAUGGGGAUCCCGAGAAUCUCUGCAUGGAGCAGCCAUCGUACACGGAUUCGGGCAGCGGCUCGUCGGGCGGCAGUGGAGGUAGCGGCUCUGGCUCGGGAGCUGGUGGCAAGCGCAAGGGCGGCAGCAGCGGUGGUGGCGGCGCUGGUGGUGGCUCUGGUACUUCUGGUACCACCAAGUGCAAGGGCAAAAAUUCAAAAAACUGUCAAAAUUCCCUAGGAGAAAAGGGAAGCGGAAGGGAGUGCAGCUGCUCGUGCCGCUCGCCGCUGAUCGUCCUGGGGAAGGAGCAGCUCAUGCAACAGUCGCCCAUGUCCAUGCACCAUCCGUGGUACAUGAACCUCACUGUGCAAAGGAUCGCCGGCGUGCAAAACUGCGCCAUACCCUGCAAGGGUCCGUUCUUCACCAACGACGAAAAGGACUUCGCCGGCCUGUGGAUCGCGCUCUGGUCGGGCCUCUGCUUCUGCAGCACGCUCAUGACGCUCACCACGUUCAUCAUCGACACCGAGCGCUUUAAGUACCCCGAGCGUCCCAUCGUCUUCCUCUCCGCCUGCUACUUCAUGGUGGCCGUGGGCUACCUCUCGCGCAACUUCCUCCAGAACGAGGAGAUCGCCUGCGACGGACGCCUGCUGCGCGAGAGCUCCACCGGUCCCCACUCCUGCACCCUGGUCUUUCUGCUCACCUACUUCUUUGGCAUGGCCUCCUCCAUCUGGUGGGUCAUACUCAGCUUCACCUGGUUCCUGGCCGCCGGACUCAAGUGGGGCAAUGAAGCCAUCACCAAGCACUCGCAGUACUUCCACCUGGCCGCCUGGCUCAUACCCACAGUCCAGUCCGUGGCCGUGCUGCUGCUCUCCGCCGUCGACGGCGAUCCCAUACUGGGCAUCUGCUAUGUGGGCAAUCUCAAUCCGGAUCAUCUGAAGACCUUUGUGCUGGCGCCACUCUUUGUCUACCUGGUCAUCGGCACCACCUUCCUCAUGGCGGGCUUUGUCUCGCUCUUCCGCAUCCGGUCGGUCAUCAAGCAGCAAGGCGGCGUCGGCGCCGGCGUCAAGGCGGACAAGCUCGAGAAGCUCAUGAUACGCAUUGGCAUCUUCUCCGUACUCUACACAGUGCCCGCCACCAUUGUCAUUGGCUGCUAUUUGUAUGAGGCGGCCUACUUUGAGGACUGGAUCAAGGCGCUGGCCUGUCCCUGCGCCCAGGUCAAGGGUCCCGGCAAGAAGCCGCUCUACUCCGUGCUGAUGCUCAAAUACUUUAUGGCUCUGGCCGUGGGCAUUACGUCGGGCGUGUGGAUCUGGUCGGGCAAGACGCUCGAGAGCUGGCGUCGCUUCUGGCGGCGUCUCUUCGGCGCACCGGAUCGCACUGGCGCCAACCAGGCGCUCAUCAAGCAGCGUCCGCCCAUCCCACAUCCCUAUGCCGGCUCCGGCAUGGGCAUGCCCGUGGGCUCGGCGGCGGGCUCGCUGCUGGCCACGCCCUACACACAGGCGGGCGGUGCUUCGGUGGCUUCCACCAGCCACCACCAUCUGCACCACCACGUUCUCAAGCAGCCGGCGGCGAGUCAUGUAUGACAUGGAGAGUCAGGAGGAGCUUCAACCAUGGGUGGCGGCAGCGUGCUGGGCGGUCAUGGCACACUGAUGAGCACGGCGGGCAUGAGCAAUAGUACGGUCGGCGGUGGCAUGGGAGCUCCUCCUGGCAGCUUAUUACAAGGAGGUGGAGGCAUUGGCGGCGCCAAUGGCGUACCCAACGCCAAUGUUUACGGCAACGUUAAUGGCAACGGCGGUGUGGGCGGAGUUGGUCAGAAUACGGGGACGGCAGAUUCGCGCGCCGUCUCUGUGGUGGUUACAUUGCCCGGCGGGCCGGGUUCUCAACAUCCCGGGCAAGCAUUGAGCGAUUAUGGUCCCAUAUAGUUAAUGGUACGCCCGGACACGGCGCAUUGGGUCUCAACGAGCAGUUUCAGUCAGCUCUAGGAGCAAUCACACACACACAGACAGACACUUAAACCAUCUCUCUCUCUCUCUCUCUCUCUCUUUAUCAGACUCUUCUCUGUCUCUCUCUCUCUCUAGCUGUUCCAUAAUCUACUCAGAGGUUUUUGUAAGCAACGCCAUAUUAAUUUUUGUAGCUGUAGUUUGUUUAGUGAAAAGCGCAAAACAGAUUUUAAAACCAUUUUGCCUAUAACAAUCUAGUCCAAAGAAGAAGAAACCUUUGAAGCAUAUAUCAGAGACAAGCAGCCACAGCCAGCAGUGAAGCAGUGAUGAGAUCAGGAGCGCGGAGUUAGAGCUUGGGAGCAAGGAAACGUCUCAGUUGAGUAGCAACAACAACAAGAAAUACCCAGCGCACUUUUAAUUUUGUGGCCAUUUAGUUCUGGCUGAUAAACAAUAAUAAAAAACAAAUCUUGGGUUCGUACCAUUUACUUUCUUCAACGAAAUAGACUGAGCGAAUAAAACGAUAAACGAUAAAUAAAAUUAAAUAAAUACAUUUAAAAUCAGGAGAUAAAUCAAGCAGAGCGAGAUGAAAAGUGAAAACAUUCUGCCCCCAACCCACACUGCCAAGUCAGAGCCACGAGCCAUAUAUACAUAUAUAUAUUUUGAAAUUAAAUACAACUAACGUUUAAAUCUAAAAAUAGCAUAAACACACACACAUACAUACACACGCUUUCGAAUUCGCAAUGCGAUUUUUAAGGUUGUCGCCGGAGAGAGCAAAGCGAGCGCACAGUGUUGCUAAACAAACAAAAAAAGAAGAAGAAGAAGCAAAGGCAAAAACAAAA